UUUCAUGAGCAAUUAAAUUUCUUCCAAACGCUUUUUGCCGAUCGACUAUUAAGGGGCGAGACUUCUGUCGGCCGCCUUGUUUCACAUUGCCCAGUCUAUUGUAAACCCACUUUAAGCCUCCUUAAGAAUUGGAAAAAGAGCUCUUGCGCGGACAUAAUGCGAAAAAUCUCUUACUUCAAAUAUCGAACACAUCUGGCGCAGUGAUGAAGAGGAAAAACCUAAACUAAAAUCACAAGUUAAAAUAUAAAUGGCCAUGGCUGUUUUGGUGUGUAUUUUUAGCAUUUUACGUGAACUCAAAAGAAAUUAUUACAAUCUUUUAUGAAUAUUAAAAGAUCUGACCGCCAGUGUAACGAUGUUAUUGAAGGUGAACACAAGAGAGAGCUUUUUAAUUCAGGGUAACGAUUGUACGAAAAGCUGACGUCAGGCGAGUAAACGACUGAUCAAUUACCUGAUCACCUAUUUCCCAAUUUUUGUCUUUUGUAAUCAUUUCCUGAUUUAGUUUCUGGUACUAAAUAACAAUAAACAAUUUUAGCUGCGGUUUGGCUGCACUGCUACCCCCGAUUCGCUGUCUUCGCUGAGGGGAAUUAAAUUUAUUUGCGCUCGUUUCAAUUUCUAAUUUGGAAUCACCCGUGGCGUGGUAGCUUAAUCAGAAAAAGCGCCAACUAAAUUGCAUAAUUACUUCAUUUGUUUGAUGAUUCCCGAGCCAACUGGGAGGUGGAGAAUUGCCCCUUUGUCAUGGUCAAGCUGUGGUUAGCUUUGUUCAACAAAACAGAUCUACUUAUUUUCGUCCCUGUUAAGGGAAAGAUGAGUGAGAGGUUGGCGUCGCGGUUCUGAGAGAUUUCGUCUCUCUGACGACAGAUGAGCAACCAGAUGGCUCCGCAAGAGAGCAUGCGCAAUGAUCAGCCCACUCGACGCAUGUGCGUCAGAGCUCGGAAACGCUGUCUCAUUGAAGGUGUCAGUACGUGGCUGUCAUCAUUCGUGAAAAAAAAAACACGUUCUUUAACAAAAGCCGUGUAAUCAUGUCCUGCCUUUGCCGACUCGUUUCAACCCUUAGGCAUCGUCCUCGAUAAGCGGAAAAUAAAUUGUUCCUUUUUCCUUCCUUCAGAUAUUGUCUCUCUGUUUUACCCGUGAAGGACUCAUUGUUUCGCUAGUUCCGCACAUAGUGUUAUCAUUAAAAUGAACUAAAAUGUGAAAAUGCGCCAGCAAGCUUAUUUUUAUUGAUGACCCAGGAGCUAUGAAGUGCAUUCAAAUGCUUUCCUGUUCACUGAGGGCAGGUGGCACUCUUUCAACAGCGCGUGCGCAUUCAAUCGCAGCAUUGUUUAUAGCAUCUUACGGAUUCUGAAUAACGAGAAAUACUUUUUUUUAAAACCUCAGGGGGAAGCAUUGAGCUUAAAGGAGAUUGCCAAGGGUGAUUUUCUCGCUCGCUUCGAACCAGUUGGAUUGCACUUACGAUCCGUCGAGACUCACUAUAUUUUACAGUUUUGCUCCCAAGAAAUCGAAACAGACUUUCACACUUUGGGUACCGAGUGCAAGAUUUACUUUUUCGCAAGGCUGGACCGCAAUUAAUGGUGUAUGUUAUUGACGGUUCGCGCUAGAAGUUCGAGCACGAGAAAAUUGUGAGACCUGGGCAAAUUGUCUGAGAACUUACAAAGUAUUAAAGAGUCGCGCUGUUGAACUCUUUAACAAGCUAUAAUGCAGCGCGGGCGAAUGGCUAUGUGGUAAAUAGGUCUUUGUGCCGUAUAAUUCAGUUUUAUUUCUUAUUCGCGUGGUUUAAUAUUCCAGAGAAAAGAAGAGGAAAUUUGGUGCUCUUCCAGACGUAAUUACGAUGAAAAGAGCAAGACUAUAGUAGCGUAUGCUUCGGCUAUGUCGCUGAAGGACAUUCGGUUAUCUUCUCCAGAGGACCCGCGUGCCAAUGAAAAGGUCGUGAUUAAUGUUGGUGGUACACGGCACGAGACUUACACAGGUACUCUUAAAAAUAUCCCUGAUACAAGAUUGUACUGGAUCACAGAGAACAAAACACAGCUGCCGGAAUACGACCCUAAUACGAACGAGUAUUUCUUCGACCGCCAUCCGACCGUGUUCGCGCAAAUUUUGAAUUUCUACCGUACGGGUAAGCUUCAUUGCCCCAAUGAUGUGUGUGGCCCGUUAUUUGAAGAGGAGCUGGCGUUCUGGGGAAUUGAUGAGCUUCAAGUCGAAUCAUGCUGCUGGUUGAAUUACAAAAAACAUCGCGAAGCGCAAGCGAAUUUGGACACGUUGGACGGGCAUGAUUCUGACAGAGAUAGCCUUUCCGACAUGGACAUGACCGUGUACGGCCUGGUCGCCGAAGGUAUUAGGAAUAGAAAUCGCUCUUUAUGGAGAAAAUAUCAGCCUAAAAUUUGGACCACAUUUGAGGAGCCUUAUUCAUCUCGCCUGGCUCAGGUUAUUGCUUUCACGACGUUGAUUCUUAUUCUGACCUCCGUCAUAACGUUUUGUCUAGAGAGCGUCCCCUACUUUGAGGACAAGUCGUCGACGCAAUAUGAUGUGCUUUAUGUUACUGACAUCAUCUGUGUGGCUUGGUUUACCUUCGAGUUUGUCAUUCGCUUUAUCUUCUGCCCGAGGAAGCUCCAGUUUGUGAAGAAACCCAUGAACUGGAUCGAUUUCGGUGCGAUCUUGCCGUUUUAUGUGAAUCUCUUAAUCAAAUCAUCCAACAUCAAGACCAUUGUUGUUCUCCGCGUCGUCAGACUCAUUCGCGUGUUUCGCAUCUUCAAGUUAUCCAGGCAUUCCUAUGGGCUCCAGAUCUUGGGACACACUCUAAGGUCGAGUUGUAGUGAGCUGUUUCUCUUAGCCUUCUUCUUAAGCAUAGGUGUGGUGAUAUUCUCAAGUAUUAUUUAUUACGCUGAGAAAGACAUUGUGAACACUAAGUUCACGACAAUUCCAGCCUCCUUCUGGUGGGCCGUGGUAACCAUGACUACGCUCGGCUACGGAGAUAUGGCACCGGAAUCUUGGGAAGGAAAGAUAGUUGGUUCGUUUUGUGCGAUCAGUGGUGUUCUCAUGAUUGCGCUUCCGGUUCCGGUUAUCGUUAGCAACUUCUCACUGUAUUACUCGCACGCCAAAGCCAGGCUCAAGUUGCCGAAGAGGAAAAGACCGCUGAUCAUUGGUGCGGCUAACGCGCUCAAGGUCGCUCAGUCGUUUGUGACUCAAAGCAGCCCUAACAUUUCCACGGGAAUGGCGGAGAGAGAGGAUCAAAACGAUUCGGACAUGGACGACCCGCGCCCUACUAGUAGAGCACGUCGGUCGCCUCAUACCAGUUUUCGCUCCACUCCACGUGGGAGUCCGAUGCCGGGGCCAAGAUUUCAAAACCCGAAUACCAUGAUCACCCCUCCUUCGCCAAGAAACUCACUGCUACCAUCGGCAUAUGUCCCGAGACGAAGCAGCUUGUUGGCGGUGCCGGAGGCGGAACGAAUCGCGAUUGAAAUGGAAGAACGGAACCCUUCUUGUACAGUAUUAGUCAGCGAAGACAACUCAUCGGAGUUGGCUACCAAAGAGAGUGUAUCCCAGCAGUCAUCACCUUCAGGAAUUAAUUUUACUUUCAGGACCCCCGACCAAACUUCUGAAGUGUCCUCAGUGACAACGACGCUGAGUCCGAAAAGAAGCGAAAGCGAGAGCGCGAGCUCUGCAAAUGGAAUCAAAACCCCGCCGACCGGUCGUCAACGAAGCACCUCCUCCACGCAAUCCCAGUCCCUGUCCAUAGACUCGACGCAGGGAUCACCCAAGUUAAAUUCCCGCGGAAGGAUGGGACGCCGUGGUAGCCUCUAUGUAGUUGGGUUUACAGCAAAACACUGGCAGAAUUUGGCUUUGAAGAAGAAUAAAAAGACACAAUCUGCACAGACAGAGGCAGGUUCGCGUAGAGCCUCUGCUACCUCUGCCGAUAGGAGAAGCUCUGCCACCCAAGGCGCUGCUACGAGCAGUUCUCGAAGAAACAGUAGCAAAGACGCCGAUACAAGUGCGCCAAGUUUUCCUGAAAAAGUCUCCUCUCAAUUACAUUUGCAGCUAACUGCUUUGAAAGAGUCGGAAACGACGACGGAGACACGGGGAACGCAAGCCACAACUCCCCGUCAGAAUGUCAGAGAAAAUGGUGACAAUGGGAUGUGCGAUGGAGUUGUUAAGCGGAAUGAAAAGAACACUCAAACGUCCAAGAAAUUCCGAAGUCGAUCAGAUGAUAACGCACGAUUCAAAGCUUCGCCGGUAAACAAAUUACGCGACGAGUAUCGUAACGGAAAGUCAAGUGUAGUAUCCGUCUCGAUAGAGAGCAACGAUUCCAGCGCGAGGAUGUCCGACGACUCGUUAACGAUUAACGAUCGACACCGACAGCGCCGCGGAUCCUCCCCGCUGGUCCGACAAAAGGCCGUAUUUACUUUCGAUAUCCCCGAUCAGCUGGUCCAGGUAGAUCCGAGUGCUAGAGGUAACGUCCCGGCCACCGCGAAGCGUAAACCUGCGCCGGCACGUGCACAGGAGGAGAAUGGAUUUUCUCUCUCUCCGCUCAUCGAGCACAGCGAACACGAGAUUACAGAACAGAAAAAAUACACGGACGCGAGGAGAAACUCUUGUAUUCCAGCGAUAACAAUGGAACGGAAGAGUUCGAGCAAGCGAAGCAAGCCUGAAGGGCUACUGCCGAAUGGAUACGUUAAUGGCUCGUAUCACUAUGAUGACGAAGACAGGGUCAUGGGCGAGAAACAGUUACCAACCAUUUCUCACCACCCUUCAAAAGCGUUAUAUCAAGAUGCAGAGUUGUCUCGAACUCGAAGUGAAACUUUUCCGCUUUAUUUUGCUGUGGCGGGGGACAGGUACCCAUCCGUCCCCUCGUCGAGUCACGCUCAACCGUUUUACACAGAAGCUAAAUCUCUUGGCCAGUACGUCGCACCUCCUCACUUACAGGUGCCAGCGCGCUCGGAUUCAAACUUACCGUCAAUAAGUGAAGAACAUGUGGUGUUUAACCACAAACAGCGUGGCAUAGAUGUGACUCGGUUAGGGGCACCAGCUAUGUUGCCACGCCCCAAUUCCCUGCCUAACUGGAGUGGAAGUCUCGUGCGGCCUGUUGUCAUGCAUCGACCUCAUAGUGACUCCGUGUAUAUGCACCACAGCGAAGCAUAUCCCUUUCCCUCGGAGAUGGCGAACUCGAUGGGAAGUCUUCGACACUCCCAAGGAAUUCAACAGUUCCCUUCCCCGCCUAUUACCCAAGGAAAUCAUCGAGGUCACCCGGUACGGCGGAACACUUACAGUUCAUUUGAAGAACAGAGGGCAAUUCAUGACGCGGCUGAUCUGGCUCAGAGGCGCCAAGGGCAAGUACUGUACGUGCAUGUACCACCAAUUGAUCCCAUCAGUGGGUCAGUGGCUGCUAUGAACUUGGCUAGCGAUCGUGACAGAAUACCAGAAGUGUCACGCAAUGACAAGACGCGCUUGAAGGGAAAUAGCUGUGAGCACAUUGCGUCACCUUUCUUCUUUCAAAAGACGGAGUCUAUUUCUAGUCCAGACUUACAUUCAAUGAACGGUUCUUUUGCGCCAGAGCGGCUCUCGUCCAAUCUUUCCAACAGUUGGCAUCAGUCUCCGGAUCAAAGUGACAGGAAGAGACAGGCUGUUGACUUAAAAGUAAACGGGGUGAGUGCUAGUAAUUCCAGUUACCCGUCGUAUCCAAACAAUCAAGCGCUCCAAACUCCCGAUCAUUCGGUUCCGAACAGUUUUCACGACGUUUCUACGGCCUACGGCUUGGAGCAGAUCGAAUUCGUGUCCACACUAGCUCAGUCCUCCUCGGAUGGACGAUCUCACGGGCAAACAGAUGGUAGGGUGGCCGAACGCGAAAAAAGCGCGUCUUCACCGCGACUUGAACGAUCAGACAGGGAGGUGAUUUACAACGGGCAUGAAGUGUUACAGCAGAGAGAGAGUUUAAGCAGGCCUGCAAGUGUUCCGGUGUUUAAUCGUCAGCGCGCACGUGCUAUGUUUGUUGGAGAUUCGGGAAUUGAAAGCGUGGGCAGUCUGAAUUCUAUAACUCACUCCGUGGAAUCCGAAGUGGAAGGCGGCAGCAAAGAGCGUAAGGAAAGCGUGACAUAUCCGAGUAACGCAAGGAUCGACAUCUUGAAUCCCAUUCAUGAAAGCGAGACGGAAAUCUCCGAUUCAGCUCCGGCGGACAGCGCAAGAAAUACGGCAAAGACAUUUCCGAGUUCCCCGAACGAUGACUUAAACAAGAAAAAGCAGCUUGUAAUUGGCACCAUCAAAGUUAACGGUAGCCGCAUGACGGAUAUGCUACGUAACCCGGAUCUCUACGAAUCCAGCUUAGUAUAAAGUAAUUCGCUGCCUCCUUUUCAAUCUUGAACCCUAAGUCUUCGUUGUCCUUGACCUCUAGCCGAGAAAUGAGAUCGCUGGUCAAUAGAAAUGAAGAUUCCGGCUGCUUGACCGCUGCUUGCUCCGUUACGGUGGAGUUGACAUUAGAGUGUAAUGCGCAUGCGUAUUAGUACAUUUUAUGUAAAAGCCGGCUCUUUUACGUUUCCUCCAAGCGAGAAAGAAAGAAUGUACGCGAAGAUAAGUUUUUUGUACUGAAUGUUGAUAAUUACAGUUCUUGAAAAGUU